AUGGCCAGCUCUCCAGCUCAGAAUGCCGAGGAUGUGGUCCAGGCUCCUCUGCCACAGGUGGCAGGCUACUUGAUAGUCGUGGUCUUGGGGUUGAUCAUCGCAUUGGGUAUGUCGAUGCUGCUGGACCGGGAAAGACCACUAACAGGCGCAGUGAUGAUGGGUGUCACCAAGGUUCUCAAGAGAACGGCAGGUGAAGAUAACAAGAGGACUGAAAUGUUUAUGACUGCCAAUCGAACUGUUCGCACGGGAUUGACAGCGUCAGCGGUCAUAUCGUCCUGGCUCUGGUCAACCGCCAUGCUUGGUUCUACUUUGGUUGGCUAUAGCUACGGCGUAUCGGGCCCUUUUUGGUUCGCUGCUGGCUGCAGUCCGAUGAUCGUCUUCUUCGCUCUGCUGGGCAUCUCCUGCAAGAGGAAGAUUCCCGAAGCCCAUACAUCUCUGGAAGUCGUUCGAAUCCGAUAUGGACGAAUCGCCCACGUUGUCUUCAUGACACUCUGUCUGAUCAACAACAUCUUCGCGUGUGCCAAUAUGCUCUUAGGUGCCGCGGCAGUGAUUGCAGCACUGACUGGUGUGCAUAUUGUGGCGGCCACAUUCCUCUUGCCUGUGGGUGUGACCGUCUAUACCUUCGUCGGUGGCAUCAAGGCAACGUUCUUGACCGAUUAUUUCCACACGGCCGUCAUCCUCACAAUCGCAUGUUACUUUUCAGUCAAAGCCGUUACAGUCGGCGAGGUUAGCUCCAUCGGUCACCUGUACGAGCUGGUCAAGUCGGCUUCCGAGCGACAUCCAGUUUCUGGAAACCAUGCGGCCACUUACCUGACGAUGACCUCUAAAGGCGGCAUCCUCUUCGGCAUUCUGCACAUUUGCUCGAAUUUCGGCUUGGUCAUUGUAAGUGCUCGGCCCAAUGCGAUGCUCCCGCUAACUCGUCAGAUGGACACGAGUUUCUUCAUCAAGGCAUUCUCGGCGGCUCCUUCGGCAGUUGUGCCUGGGUAUACAAUUGGAGGCAUAGCCUAUUUUGCCAUUCCGUGGGCUCUAGGAACCAUCAUGAGUUCAGUCGCUCUGGGUCUAGAGAACAACCCCAUCUUCCCAACCUACCCACGGCGCAUGACAUCGACUGAGGUUAGCAAUGGACUGGUCCUACCGUAUGCAGCCAUGGCAAUUGCAGGGAAGGGAGGCGCCGCGGCCAUCCUUCUCAUCACGUUCAUGGCGGUUACAUCGACACUGUCGGCGCAGGUCAUUGCCGUCAGUUCAAUCCUUAGCUUCGACGUCUAUCGCGAGUAUUUCAACCGAAACGCUUCCGACCGCCAGAUUAUCCGUGCAAGCCAUUUUGGUGUCAUCUUCUUCGCAGCCUUCUCCGCCGGAUUCAGUACCAUGCUGCACUACGUGGGCAUAGACCUGGGAUGGACCCUGUAUAUGCUUGGUGUGGUUACCUGUCCUGGCAUCUUCCCCAUGGCCUUUACUAUUCUGUGGCGCCAGCAGAGCAAAGUAGCGGCCAUCCUUUCUCCUGUGCUCGGUCUGGCAACCGGUCUGGGGGUCUGGCUGGGAACGGCCAAGCACCUUUAUGGCGCCGUGACUGUGUCGACAACGGGCCAGAUUCUGCCCUGUGUUUACGGCACCGUUGCCUCUGCGUUUUCGCCCAUUGUUUACUCGACCAUCCUCACUCUCUGGCGACCCCAGAACUACGACUGGGCGGAGUUCAAGAAAGUGAAACUGGCUCUGGAGGAACUCGGAGGUGAUCUGACAACCGUACACAACCAGUCGUCCAAGAUGCUAGCACCCAACGCCCAAGAACUGAAAAGAUGGGGCCGCAUCGCCGCGUUCUGGUCCAUAGCCACUUUUUUGGGACAUUGGGUUCUAUGGCCACUCCCUAUGUACGGGGCGAAGUAUAUCUUUGGCAAAACCUUUUUCGUGGCCUGGGUAGUGGUUGCCGUCAUCUGGCUGUGGACAACCAUGUUAGUGGCGAUUGUGUAUCCGAUUGUUGAUGGAGGCGUCCAGCAGAUGGCCCAAGUCUAUCAAGGGUUGACGAAGGGGGAAGCAUCACCAAGCACGCCAGUUGAGAGCUCAACGCCUUCCCAUUCAUCAAUCCUUGAGAAGGAGCAGGUAAAAGCCUGA